AUGGACAAGAGUGAGAGUAGUCCGCAAGCAGCCGAAAUCGAACACGACGUACUUCAACCUCAAAACGUUGACCCUGAGAAAUCGGGAGUUCAGCAUGUACAUGCGAAAACAUUGGUCUUGGUUAUAGCUAUCGUGUCCAUCUACUUUGUCCAAACCCUGAACCUAGCAGGAAAUGGCUUGCUUGCAAAUACCAUCACAUCGGUAACUGGAGGCGGCGCUCAAUCGACCUGGCUUGUGAGCUGUAUGGCAAUCUCAGCUGCCGCGCUAAGUCCCCCCAUCAGUCAGGCUGCAGACUACUGGGGACGCAAGUGGUUUGUGGUUGGUUUCACAGCUGCGGGCUUCGUAGGCUGUCUAAUCUCAUCUCGGGCCAACACAUUCGGCGUCCUGAUCGGGGGCCAAAGUAUUGGAUGUCUAUGCAUGGGGGCACAACCUCUAGUACAUGCAAUUGCUUCAGAAAUCAUCCCACGGAAAUAUCGUUCCCACGCACAAGCUGCCGUCACUGCUUCAGCGUGCCUCGGCGGGAUCGUAGGCAUUCUGAUUGGCGGUGCCCUGGUGCGAAGCACUCCUCAAGGCUUUCGAGUUUUUUACUAUAUCACGGCAGGAAGCUAUGCGAUUCUCGCGGCGAUUGUUACUUGGCUGUAUAACCCACCUCCACGGCCUUUACAGCUGGAACUCAAUCAACGACAAAAACUGGGCCAACUAGACUGGUGGGGUUAUCUACUCUUCUUACCUGGACUGGUACUGUUCUCAUAUGCACUCACUUCGUCUAGUGGAGUGUUCCCCUGGAGCAGUCCCAAUAUCAUUGGCCCUCUCGUUGUCGGUGUCGUCCUGCUCGUCAUAUUGGGUCUGUAUGAGUGGAAAGGGACAAGGGUUGGCAUGCUCCAUCAUAAUCUCUUUUCCUGUGGCCGAAACUUUGCCAUCUGCCUCGUCGUCAUCUUUGCAGAAGGAAUUGUCUUCUUCGCAGCAAACGCCUUCUAUGGCUAUGAAGUGGCGGUAUUAUACGAUGAAGAUCUCUUCCAUGCCGGCCUCACUUUCACCAUUACCUUUUGGACAGCCAUACUUGCUACAGUGGCGGCAGGAUUUUAUGUCACCAAAACUAAAACGAUUCGCGCACCACUUAUUGUUGCCAUGGCAUUCUUCGUUGUGUUCUGUGCAACGCUGGCAUCUCUCAAUAAAUCUACCCCCAAAAAUGCUAGAGGAUUUGCUGUAUUUGGGGGACUUGGCCUUGGUACCUCCCUCAAUGCUCUCGUCGUGGCGGCCCAGUUGUCUACUCCUCCGGAACUGAUUGCAGUUGCGAGUGGCUUGAUGAUUGGCAUUCGGAGCUUUGGCGGUACCGUGGGCCUCUCGAUCUACUCAGCGAUUUUCAGCAAUACGAUGGGCACACAGUUACCUGCAAAGGUUCUUGGUGCGACCGUGCCACUCGGCUUUGAUCCGCAAUAUGCUGGACAACUUUUGACAGCUCUGACAGCUCAUGACCCAGCUCUGCUAGAAGAGAUACCUGGUAUUACACAGGAGAUCAUUCAAGCUGCAGGGGACGGCGUCAAGGACGCAUACACCAUCGCCUUCCGCUAUGUUUGGAUAUCAGCUGGUGCUUUUGCCCUAGCAGCCGCCAUUUUGAGCUGCUUUGCAAUCGACCCCAAGACCGAGUUUAACGCACACAUUGACGCCCCUGUGGAAACAGAGGCUGAAUUGCAACGCGAUGGUUUUGGGCAGAUCCUUCAUCAUCACCACAACAAACCGCAAGUUUGA